AUUUUAACUUUUUGGUUCUCUGUUCACAGACUCACAGGCUUCAGGGCGCUGGUCGUGAGGAAGAGGAGGCCUGGGAGACAGCGAGCCUGCUGUGCGGGGUGUGUCUGAGGCUCCUUGAGCCCAACAGCCCGUGAUUGAGGUCCCCGUGCCUCCCGGACUCCUCUCUGUUCACAGCGUCCCCGCAGCCUGACCCCAUUUCACCCUCCAGCCUUGGGGACCGGCCUCUCAGGUCCUGCCGCCCAGGUCCCCGCGCUCAGAAUGGUCCUUGGCAUAAAAUAGAUGAUGUGGAGGCCUAUUCUGAGCACAGUGUAUCUGUAGGAGAUUCUCACGUCAGGGCUUCCAAGACAGCUGCAGCCACCCAGAGGACCCAUCUGUGUAAGCUGUGCUUCUCAGUGUUAAAAGAUAUUUUGCACCUGACUGAGUUACAAGUGGUUCACUUUGAGAAGAAUGUGUUCUUAAGUGAUGCGUGUGUGAGAGACUUGUGUUUCAGUGCAAACCCUCAUCAGCAACAGAAGGAUGCCAGUAGAGAGAAGCCCUGGAAAGAAGAUAUGGAGAGUGCCUUGCUUGUGAGGAGUUGCUGCUUCUACUUAUCUGGGAUGCCUGCAGCUAGUAUAGAGGCUGGGGAAGACUCCCCAGCCAUCUCAGGGUUUCUCCAGCACCAGGCCACUCUUAACACUGAGGAGCCACACAGUAACAAUGAGAUUUCACAGGAAUUUCUCAGUGGAAAAAGGCGUCACCAGUGGGUAGAAUGUGAAACAGCUGCCAGCCAGAAACAGAAAGUUGCUUAUCAGAAAGGUCUCUGCUCUGGAGAUAUGAUUGAUGAGUAUAAUAAAUGUGGGGAAGUGUGUAGACGAAUAUUUAACCACCCUCAACAUGGGAGAGUUUACACUGAAGAAAAGCCCUAUGAGUGUACUGAUUAUGGGAAGGUCUUCAAUGAAAGUACUGCUCUCAUUAAACACAACAGAGUUCACAUUAGAGAAAAGCAGUGUGAGUGUAGUGACUGUGGGAAGUCCUUCAGGAAAAGGUCUCACCUCACUAUGCACCACAGAGUUCACACUGGAGAAAAGCCAUAUGAGUGUAGUGAAUGUGGGAAGCAUUUCAGUCAAAGGGCUUCCCUCACUGAACACCACAGAGUUCACACUGGAGAAAAGCCAUAUGAGUGUAGUGAAUGUGGGAAGCAUUUCAGUCGAAGAGCUAACCUCACUGAACACCACAGAGUUCACACUAGAGAAAAGCCAUAUGAGUGUAGGGAAUGUGGGAAGCAUUUCAGUCAAAGGGCUGUCCUCACUAUACACCACAGAGUUCACACUGGAGAAAAGCCAUAUGAGUGUAGUGAAUGUGGGAAGCAUUUCAGUCGAAGAGCUAACCUCACUGAACACCACAGAGUUCACACUAGAGAAAAGCCAUAUGAGUGUAGGGAAUGUGGGAAGCAUUUCAGUCAAAGGGCUUCCCUCACUGAACACCACAGAGUUCACACUGGAGAAAAGCCAUAUGAGUGUAGUGAAUGUGGGAAGCAUUUCAGUCUAAGAGCUAACCUCAAUAAACACCACAGAGUUCACACUGGAGAAAAGCCAUAUGAGUGUAGUGAAUGUGGCAAGUCCUUCAGUCAAAGGUCUCACCUCACUACACACCUCAGAGUUCACACUGGAGAAAAGCCUUAAAUGUGCAGGGAAUGUUUUAUUUUUCUCACUUAUAAGAACACUUACGGGGCUCUAUAGGACCAUUUCCAUGAAUGUAACCCCCCCUUUUUUUUUUUAAAUAUAUUUUAUUGAUUUUUUACAGAGAGGAAGGGAGAGAGAUAGAGAGUUAGAAACAUCGAUGAGAGAGAAACAUCGAUCAGCUGCCUCCUGCACACCCCCUACUGGGGAUGUGCCCGCAACCCAGGUACAUGCCCUUGACCGGAAUCGAACCUGGGACCUUUCAGUCUGCAGGCCGACGCUCUAUCCACUGAGCCAAACCGGUUUCGGCUGUAAACCCCUUUUAUGGGAACAUACACGCUGCUAGAUUCCUCAUAAAUUUGAGGUACAAGUGAACCUUGAAGGAGCUGCAUUGUACUUGCUAACAUGCCUAGACCUACGACCCAAAUGAUGUCACUGUGAGUGUUUAUCUCUGAAGGGAUUUCACCUCUAACACCUGGCUCACCUGAGGAUUGUGCAUCGGUCACAGUCCCUGGGUGCUCAGGGGAAUGUAUUCUGUGUUCUCACUUCUGCUUGAGGGAAUUUGGCAGUAUCUUCAUUCAUUUCUCUAUGACUAGAAAAUGGACCUGACCCAGGAUUCCUUCAGAGCACCCCUUCUCAGCUAGGAAGUACUACCUCUUUCAGGGACAUAGUGGAACUCACAUUGUGCUUUGAUACAUUUUGGGGGUUUCUUAUUCACUAACCGGCAAUGUCAGUGCUCUCCUCUGCUCUGGUUUAUGAUCUUCUUUUAAAGGUGUUUUUAUAUUUGUGUUGUUAUUCACUAGUGUAUUAUUUUCAAUACCAACAUCUCUAAACCUACUUUUGCCACACUCUGUAUUUACCUCCAGUCAUUUUGUAAUAUUUCUGCUUCCCCAACCCUCCAUGCAGACAUUGAUUUACCUUCCUUUACAAUAGAGUAGUUCAUAUUUUUCAUAAUUUUAUUGGCACUAUAAGGUGAAUUCUCUUUAACAAACACUGGCUUCCUUCAUGCUACACAGAUAGUUUGAGAUUCAACACAAACAUUUAUAUAAAUAGUGAAUUUUUUAUUUUUAGAAAAUAUUGUAUUCUAUGGAUAAUCACUUUAACUAUUGAGCUGCCUAUGAUUUCAGUUAUUUCUACUUUUGUUGUUUUGUAAAUAAAACAGUUUGGAAUAUUGUA